ACAAACGAAAUAUUAAUUCCGGGAGAAAACCAACAUGAACUAUUCCAAAUUUAUAGUUUUAUUAACCAGUUAUUUGCUGAUAUUUUGCCAACCAACUGCAGCACAAUUUGGUGGUAUGGGAUAUCCUUAUGGUGGCAUGGGCGGUAUGUUUGGUUAUCCAAAUUAUGGUUACUAUCCUCAAUAUCCAAUGUAUGGUUCAUAUCCCUGCUACACAAGUAUUUACUGCGGCGGUGGCUACUAUGGUUAUGGUGGUUAUCCUUAUUACGGAAACAGUUUCAGGUCCGGUUUUUCCAGCAGUACUAGCAGUGGUUUUUCUACAUCUUUUGCAUCGAAUGGCGGUUUCUUUGGUUAA